GGGCAUACUAGACUAGACUAGAGUUCUUUAGGUGACCUUAAUGAGGAAAACAAUGAACGUUAAACGAAAAACUUUAAAAGAACAAUUAGAGAUUGUAUUCACGACAUUUCCACACCCAAAAUCGCAGACAAUUCUAGAAGAAAUCAGAGACGGUACGAUUCCAUGCAUAUCUCCAGUCCACCUCGUCGUCUCGGACCCUUGGACGCCAACGCAAGACGAGCGUAGCGUAGCGUAGCAGAGGUGUAAAGACAAUUGCGCAAGCCUCCGUGUGUGUGUGUGCAUCGAAUUCCCCCUCGAAACGUUUCUAUUUAAAAACCGUCUAUCCCCGGUGCUGCGCGAUAUACUAUACCAUACUCGCGUACAGUGCCGUGCUUGUAUCAGACCUAUCCUAUCCUAUCAGCUCAGUAUUCGUUCGAAACCCGUCUGGCCAGUUUCAUUCGUAAUUCGAGUGCUUCGUGUUUUUUAGUUAAACAGUGUAUUAGUUGGAAUAUUUCACAAUGUCCGAAGCCAACAAACGCGACAUUCCCAUCAAAAUGGGAGAUUUCAGUGUCAUCGACACGGAAUUCAGCAGCAUCAGGGAGCGAUUCGACGCCGAAAUGAGGAAAAUGGAAGAGGAAAUGAGCAAAUUCAGAUCGGAAUUGAUGAAUAGGGAAUCGAAUAAUUUCUUCAGGAGUACGACGAGUUCAACAACUCAGCAUUCCACCGGCGGAUCCGACUUGGCCCACAGAGUAGUAGCCCCGUCGAACGACGUCAGGACGUGGUACGAUGAUCUGAAUUCGCCCCUCAUCCAGGACGUGGGCGACAACAAGUGCCUCAAAUUGAGAUUCGACGUUAGCCAAUACGCGCCCGAAGAAAUCGUAGUCAAAACCGUCGACAACAAACUCUUGGUCCAUGCUAAGCACGAGGAAAAGACCGAAUCGAAAUCCGUGUACAGGGAGUACAACAGGGAAUUCCUGCUGCCUAAAGGUACCAAUCCCGAAAUGAUAAAAAGCUCGUUGAGCAAAGACGGCGUCCUCACCGUGGAAGCCCCGCUGCCCGCGAUCACGGCGGGAGAAAAAAUGAUUCCAAUCCAACAUUAAUUAAUCUCUCGCCAUUCAUUUCACGUCUUAUAUUUUUCUAAAUUGUUUACUUAACAUCCGUUCACGGGGCUUUAUUCUGUACGAAAAAAUUUUUGUAAAUUGUUAACCACCUAUUUAUACUGUAAUACAUAUUUAAGUGGAAAAUUUCAAAUUAACGCUAACAUGUUGUUCUGUUGAAACGAAAAUUUUGUUGUAAUUGUCGGUGUUACGACCAAUAAUAACCAGCGUAUUUCACCGUGUAGUGUAAUAAAUUCGUUCAUUUGUAGAUUAUUUAUAUAAAUAAAUUAUUUUUAAUCUCCCAUCAUUUUGUUGUUUAAGAAAAAUUGCAGAUAAAUAUUAGUUUUUAUAUUAUUUAUUAAUUCGACGACAGCGACAUCUAUUGAACAGUAGCCCAAGUGUCUAUUUUUAAUUACAGGUUUCUGUAACCGACUAUGAGUAGCUUUG